AUGCCACCAAAAGGAUGGAGAAAGAAUGCUGAUGGGAACUAUCCUCAACCAAUGAAGAAACAAGAAUUGGUUUCCAUCGAUGAAAUAUUGUUUCCCAGAUCAAUAGUUCAAAGAUUAGCUAAAGAUAUUAUAAGUGAAGCUGAUGAUGCUAAUGUGUUAUUAUCAAAAGACUCAGUUAUAGCUUUACAAAGAUCUGCCACAGUAUUUGUAUCAUAUUUAUUCAGUAAUGCCAAAACCGUAGCCAAAUCUUCUGAUAGGAAGACCAUCAAUGCUCAAGAUUUAAUAGUGGCAUUGGAAAGAACAGGUUAUUCAAGUUUUGUACCUGAAAUCAAACAAAAAUUAUCCGUAUAUGAAGCCAAAGUUCAAGAAAAGAAAUUAAGAAAAGCUAAUGAUAAUGAUACUGAUAAUGAAGUUAAAAGAUUGAAAAAUAAUUCGAAAAGUCCAGUAAAUACCAGUACUUUAGAAGAUGAAGAAUCUGAUGAUGAUACUAAUGAAGUUGAAGAAUUAGAACCUGAGGAAAUAGAACCUGAGGAAAUGGAUGAAGAUGAAGAUGAAGAAGACCAAGAUCAAGGAAAUGCUAGUAAUCCUAUAGCUCUUAUGUCUAAGGAUGAUGGAGAAUUAGAAGGUUCAACUAUUGAUGAAAUUGAAGUGAUUCAAGACGAAUCAUCAGAUGAAGAUUAA